AUGUCUUCUCCAGUCACCACCGCAAAAACAAACCUACCGAAUCGCUCCGCUUCAUUAAACAUCCCAAACUCGACUAGUACCAUUCGCAAUCGCGACCAUGAUCUCCGGUACAGUCUCUCCGCUGGUCCUCGUACGAACGAGGAUCGGCAGCCUUCGGGGAACGGAGUCGCCGGAAUCCUCUACAAAUGGGUAAACUACGGCAAAGGAUGGAAACGACGGUGGUUUGUUCUCCAGGACGGAGUUUUGUCGUAUUACAGAAUCCACGGUCCCGAUAAAAUCUCUCUCUCCGUCGAGAUGGAUCGGCGAUCGAAAUUGAUCGGCGGCGAAUCUCUCCGUUUCAUCUGCCGCCAUAGCCAACGCGGGGAUGAUCAUAGUCCCGGAAAACCUCUCGGCCAAAUUCACCUCAAGGUGUCAUCGAUCGGACAAAGCAUAUCAGACGGAAAGAGAUUCACUAUAUUCACCGGUACGAAGAGUCUGCAUUUACGAGCAGCAACAAGCGAAGAUCGUACGGCUUGGACCGAAGCAUUGCAAGCUGUAAAAGAAACGUUUCCAAGAAUGUCAAACGAAGAGCUCAUGGCAACGACGACUAAUUUCUCAGUCUCGACCGAUAAGCUAAGAGAGAGAUUAGCGAAAGAAGAAGUCGACGAGACAAUCAUCAAAGAUUGCGAAGACAUAAUGAAGAACAAUUUCGUCGCAUUGCAUAAUGAGGUCAUGACGCUCAAAGAGUGCCAAUAUCACCUCGUAGAUUCUCUCAAGAACGCUAACUAA